CAAGGAUGGGGCUGGACUGUGGAUAUCCUCGUCAACAAUGCUGGAUUCGGCAGGAAAUAUGUCUUUGCUGGAGACAUCCAAACUGAUACCUCCCUGGCUAGUGUCGAUCUUCUGGUUCGUGCUGUUGUGGAUAUGAGUCUUCGUUUCUUGCCCGGCAUGGUUGAACGACGCAAAGGUGGUAUCCUAAAUAUUGGCUCGACGGCUUGCUAUCAACCUGUUCCUUAUACAGCGGUCUACGCCGCAAGCAAAGCUUUUGUCCUCUCCUUUUCUCAGGCCAUUCGGGAGGAGCAACGUCAUCGCAAUACUGGUGUCAGAGUUGCCUGCGUUGUGCCUGAUGUGACUGAGACGAAUCUCGAUGGCAGUGGUCAUGGCGAGAGAAGAGGCUUGAUCGAGAAGGUUGGCGUUGACCAGCCAGCUGAUGUGGCCAAGGUUGCGGUGGACGCGUUUGGAGAGAAUGCUGCUGCUAAAGUGGUUGGAUGGAAUAACUAUGCGUUCCACACGGCUCUUGGAUUACUCCCAGAUUCGGUCAAUGCUGCUGUGGUUGCAAAUGUGCGCGGGGCGCCAGGUGAUGAGUGA